UAAUGACAGUUUUCAAUGAGUUCGAAAAAAUAAUCUGAACUUACCAGGUGAAUUUAUUAGCUGGUAACAUACAUAUGAAGCCCAUCGUCAGGAGCUGCUAAGCAAGGCAACGCUUCUAAAAAAGUAAAAUGAUUCCCAUCUUCAGCUUACAAGAAUGUGUCUCAUUGGCAAUGGUUGUUGCCUGGGUGGUUUUGCUAUCUUUCUGCAAAGCCGAUCCAGCAUCAAACAGAGAAGCUGCGGCUCUACUCAAGUGGAAAGAUAGCCUACCAAACCAAUCAGUAUUCAACUCUUGGGUCUCUCCGAUACAUACCAAUAAUCCUACUCCUCUAAGUCCAUGUAGAUGGUAUGGAAUAACCUGUAAUAAUGCAGGAAAAGUAAACCAAAUAGACCUGCCAGGGAAAGGCAUAAAUGGAACCCUCGAAAACUUUGAUUUCUCAUCCUUUCCAAACCUUGUCCGUCUUGAUCUUCAAAGAAACAAUUUUGGAGGCAGUAUACCAUACAACAUUGGCAUGGUUUCCAAGCUCCAAUUGCUUGACCUUUCAACAAAUUCACUCGAUGGCUCUCUGCCUCUUUCCCUUGCAAAUCUCACUCUGCUCUCUAAGCUUGAUGUUUCCCGUAACCAAAUAACAGGAGUACUAGACAGCCGUUUAUUCCCAGGUGAGUCGUCAACCCAACCCAAAAUUGGUCUUCUAAGUCUCAAAUAUCUACUACUCCAAGAUACUCAGCUUGGAGGCAAAAUUCCUCAAGAAAUAGGAAACUUGAAAUUCUUAGUCACUCUGGUUCUAGACAAAAAUCAUUUCAAUGGUCCUAUCCCUCCUUCUUUUGGUAAUUUGAGCCACUUGCAAAUUCUUAAUCUCGGCAAUAAUCAACUUUCCGGGAAUAUCCCAUCAACAUUAGCAACUCUGAGAAACUUGACCGAUUUGCGUCUGCUUGCUAACAAUUUAUCAGGUAUUGUCCCUAAUGAACUGGGAAAAUUUUCGUCUUUGACUGCUCUGCGUCUGGAAGACAACAACUUCACUGGACGUUUACCUCCACAAGUUUGUAGAGGUGGAAAGCUUGUCAACUUCACUGCAGAAUCCAACAUGUUCACCGGUCCAAUCCCGAUAAGCCUAAGAUACUGCCCAACUCUGUAUCGGCUUGGGCUUCAACAAAACCAACUAACAGGGCAUAUAGACGAAGACCUUGGUGUGUAUCCCAACCUUACUUAUAUCCUUCUGAGCUUCAACAAAUUGCGAGGUGAGCUCUCACCAAAGUGGGGUGAAUGUCGAAGCUUAGCGCUACUGAGUAUUGCAGGUAAUAUGAUUAGUGGAAAAAUCCCAAAUGAAAUUGUCCAGUUGGACCAACUAGAGAAGCUUGAUCUCUCUUCAAAUAAAUUGUCCGGUGAGAUACCGCCACAGAUCGGAAAUUUAUCCAAGUUAGCCUUCCUUAGCCUCCAAGAUAACCAGCUUUCAGGCAGAAUACCUGAGAGGAUUGGAUCAUUAUCUAACUUGGAGUCCUUGGACCUCUCAACGAACAUGUUAAGUGGGUCGAUUCCAUCUCAAAUAACCAACUGCCACAAGCUACGAACUUUGAGUUUGAGCAAGAAUAAGCUGAGUGGUACAAUCCCGGAUGAGAUUGGUAAUCUGUCCAAUUCCUUACAUGAUUUGCUAGAUUUGAGUUACAACUCGCUUAGUGGAGAAAUACCAGAAGAGCUUGGGAUGCUUUCAGGGCUGGAGAAAUUGAAUCUCUCCCACAACAAUCUCACUGGCCCAAUCCCUGAUUUACUCCGCAGCAUGGGAAGCUUAACGUACAUCGACCUCUCAAACAACUUUUUGGAAGGUCCUCUUCCUGAUUUGAAAGAAUAUCGGACAUCUCCACCGCCAGAGGCAUCAAGCAGCGGCAUAAAUUUAUACGGGAAUAUAACAGCUAUGAGGUCUUGCACGGAAACGAGGUCGGGUGAGAGAUAUACUAGAAAAGACAAACUACUAAUCUUUGUCGUCAUCUGUCCUUUAUCCAUUUUGAUGUUGCUUUCUUUCAUAUGUAUUGGGUUUUUGGCAUUUCGAAUGCGGAAGAAAUAUAAAUCGAUAAAUUCACUUCCAUUUUCUCUAAGGUAUGUUAGGAGCAAAAUUUCGUACGAAGACAUAUUGGAAGGGACACAGAAUUUUGAUGACUUGAAUUGCAUUGGUGAGGGAGGGUUUGGGAAGGUAUACAGAGCGUAUGUUCCAGGUCAUGAUCUAUUAGCAGUAAAGAAGCUGAGUUAUGAGUCAGAGAUGGAGAAUGCAAAACAUGUUGAGAAGGAAGUAGCAAUUUUGAAACAAAUCAAGCAUCCAAACAUUGUGAAACUCUUUGCAUUCUGCUCUAGAGAGAUUCAUAAAUUUUUGGUAUGUGAGUACAUGGAAAGGGGAAGUUUGGCAAAUAUGCUAAAAAGUGAGUACACUGCAAAAGCGCUAGAUUGGGGGAAGAGGAUUCAAGUAGUAAAAGGAGUAGCCAAUGCUUUAUGUUAUAUGCACCAUGAUUUUGUGCCUCAUAUGAUUCAUCGAGACAUAACUAGCAAAAACGUUUUGUUGGACUCGAAAUUUGAAGCUCAUGUCUCAGAUUUUGGCACAGCAAGGAUUCUCAACCCUGAUUCCUCAAAUCGUACUAUAGUUGCUGGCACCUAUGGGUACCUUGCACCAGAGCUUGCUUACACCAUGGUAGUGACAGAAAAAUGUGAUGUGUAUAGCUUUGGUGUUCUGGCUCUUGAAGUUCUAAUGGGAAAGCACCCUGGGGAGCUCAUUUUCAGUCUACACUAUUCAUCUUCUGUUGAAAGCAUGCACCAUAAAGAUGUAUUGGAUCCUCGUCUCCCACCCCCUGCAACUCAAGACGUUGACGAUAAAUUAGACUUGAUUAUGAGGGUUGCUAUCUCAUGUUUGUCUCCCAAUCCAGAUGCUCGUCCUACCAUGAGAACUGCCUCUGAGCUACUUGAAAAAGGAGGCACUUGAUGGCUAGAAAAGUUCUAAUUAUACAUCUCUUAGCAUGUUAUACAUGCAUGCAUUAACUUGGUUUGGCUAUGGAAUGUUCAUAAGCUUAAGGGUAUUUUUUAAAUAAGUUUUUUUUUUUUAUCAAGUUUAGUUAUUGAUUUAGAAAAUGCUUUGCUUAUAGAGUUUUCUCAUAGUAAAUUAUUUUAAACCAUAACUUAAAAAAAUGCUUUUGACUCUCAUUAAAUGCUCAUUAAUAAAAUAAUAAGGAUAAAAUUGACAUUAAAUUUUUUUUUUUUAAAACGCUCCUUGAGGCUUCCCAAAUAGCUUUUUUUUGAGAAGCCUAAAAUUUGAACUU